AACAAAAAAUGGUAAGCAGAAAUAUUUUCCACUCUCCCGUCCAAAUAUGGCCGUAACCUUGCAAUACCGGUAUAGGGAUCGUCAUUUGAUGCGCUUGGUGUUGUUUUCAAAGAAGUAAUGAUUGAUGAUUCUGGUGCUGAAAUCGAUAUGGCGACGUUAUCGACGAAGAAAAUUUUGGUCCAUGGAACAACCUAUCCGAUGGCGACGACUAUCUUCGGGAAGAGCAGAUGGAGGAGGGCUACGCUUGAGAACCUUCCUCUUGCCGAAAACCGGUGGUUCGUACAGGGUCACGAUGUUUCAACGAAGUUCCAUGACUACCGCCAAGCGUGUAUUCUUGCAUCUCGUACGACUGAAUUUGCGAUCGAAACCCACUUCAACGAACUUUUGGCCAUGUCUGGUGUCCUGAGUUUGCAGCGCCGGGGCGGCUAUGAAGAUUUGCCGGCUCCUUGUUGACAGCUGGGCGCAACGAAACACUGGCCAGAUAUAGGCGCGACUCAUUCCAGCCGCAUAUUAGGUCCGCACUUCAGCCGAUUGUCCAACAGUUCGUGCAUGAUAAUAU